UCUUGGAAGAGUCUCCGUGCGGUGUGCCACAUUCAACAAGGAGACAGUCUCACCUAAAACAUGACCACCAAAUUGUUCCUCUACUUCUUACUUCUGUCAGUGUUUCGUGCAUGUUCUCCAACAUUUGCUUCUGAUGAUGACGAGUAUGACGAUGUUACUGUGAAUCAAAUGUUGGCCCCCAAAACCCACGAGACAGAUGCAACGCAAAUACUAAACAACUUAUUAAAGGAGUAUGACAAAAAACUGCGCCCGGAUAUUGGAGUUAAACCGACUGUCAUUGAUGUUGACAUCUACGUAAACAGCAUUGGACCUGUGUCAUCUAUAAAUAUGGAGUACCAGAUUGACAUCAUUUUUGCGCAGACGUGGACAGAUAGCCGGCUCAGAUAUAACAGCACAAUGAAAAUAUUGACUUUAAACAGUAAUAUGGUUGGACUCAUUUGGUUACCGGAUACCAUCUUCAGAAAUUCCAAGAGUGCAGAUUCACAUUGGAUUACUACGCCAAAUCAGCUGCUCAGAAUAUGGAAUGAUGGGAAAAUACUUUACACUUUAAGAUUGACUAUAAAUGCAGAGUGCCAGCUUCAGCUUCAUAACUUUCCUAUGGAUGAACACUCCUGCCCCCUCAUCUUUUCCAGCUAUGGAUACCCACGAGAUGAAAUGAUUUACAAGUGGAGGAGGAACUCAGUGCAGGCGGCCGAUCAGAAGUCGUGGAGGCUUUACCAGUUUGACUUCAUGGGACUGAGGAACACAACUGAUGUUAUCAAGACUACCGCAGGUGACUAUGUGGUGAUGACUGUAUAUUUUGACCUUAGCAGAAGAAUGGGAUACUUCACAAUUCAGACCUAUAUCCCUUGCAUACUGACUGUGGUUCUUUCCUGGGUCUCCUUCUGGAUAAAAAAGGAUGCAACACCAGCUAGAACAGCACUAGUUUCCUGCUUUAAGUCCAUGUCCUGUCCUGGUAAAUGUCACUGUUGUCAAGGAAUAACAACGGUAUUAACCAUGACUACUCUCAGCACGGUGGCUCGGACAUCGCUGCCCAGGGUCUCGUAUGUCACAGCGAUGGACCUGUUCGUCACUGUCUGCUUCUUGUUUGUUUUCGCGGCUCUCAUGGAGUAUGCCACACUCAAUUAUUACUCCUACAGCGCCCGCAGACCAACCUGCAACAAGACCAAACGAUCGAACUAUUCGGUACUGGAUGUGGGUCCUCCUCCCACUGUUAUCACACUCAACAACUCCAUGUACUGGCAGGAGUUUGACGAUGCCUGCGUUUAUGAGUGCCUGGAUGGAAAAGACUGCCAGAGUUUCUUCUGCUGCUACGAGGAGUGCAAAGAUGGAGCGUGGCGAAAGGGCCGUAUGCAUUUAGACAUCCUGGAACUCGAUGCAUACUCUCGUGUCUUCUUUCCCACCUCUUUCCUAUUGUUCAAUGUUGUCUACUGGGUAGGCUACCUGUAUCUUUAGCAUUCCCACACACCUCACGAAGCAACAGACUUGACUUUUGGUUCUGUCAAAGCAGAAACGAAGCAUGGACUAAACAAGGA